AUGUCCACACAAAUUAAUCGUGGAGAGAACGAGAAUGAGUUUAACAUAACCAUGUCGCCAGUUAUUUCUAAUCCAAAAGACCUUAAUGAUAAGAACUGUAAAGAGUUCAAUAUAAUAAUUAUCGGCUUUAUCGAGUUUAAAGGAAAGGUAUUUCAAGUUCCACCGUCAGUUGAAAUGAGUGUAACUGAUCUUGGAACCGGAACUAAACUUGGACACGUAAAUGGAGACCUGGAACUAGAACAAGAAAUUUUUUUGAACGUGAACGUACCGAAUGCUGGAACCUUUAUAGAGGGAUACGUAAGACUUUAUAUGCAAGCUGGGAUGAUAGUACGAUUAAAAUACGAUAUCAAAGGUGCCGUCAAAAUUAAUGGAGAUGAAUUAUUAUUUAGCUUUUAA